CUGCCCACUUCCGAGAUGGCGGCGGCGGUGGCUGGGUUCCUCCGUCGGACAGGCUGGAGGUUCCUGCGGCUGCAGUGCCGGCCCGUGACCAGGUGUCAGCUCUCCCCAAUGCCACGUGCCUUCCAUGCUUCAGCUUUAGCAAUGAAAUUUUCAGGACAAAAGUACCAGCCCCCACCCUCUUCCUCUCAGCAGCACUCUGAGUCACAGGGAACAGAGGAGCCCAAUUCAGAGUCUUCACGCUCGUACCCCCGGUACACAGAUCAGGGCGGUGAGGAGGAUGAGGACUAUGAAAGCGAGGAGCAGCUGCAGCAUCGGAUCCUGACUGCAGCUUUGGAGUUUGUGCCUGCUCAUGGGUGGACCCCAGAAGCCAUUGCAGAAGGAGCUCAGUCCUUGGGUCUCUCUAGUGCAGCAGCUGGCAUGUUUGGAAAUGAUGGCAGUGAACUGAUCCUGCAUUUUGUGACACAGUGCAAUGCUAAGCUCAAUCAUGUGAUGGAAGAGGAACAAAAGCUUGUGCAGUUGGGCCAGGCUGAGAAGAGGAAGACAGACCAGUUCCUGAGAGAUGCAGUGGAAACCAGACUGAGAAUGCUGAUCCCAUAUAUUGAACAUUGGCCCCGGGCCCUCAGCAUCCUUGUGCUUCCCCAUAAUAUCCCGGCCAGCCUAAACCUCCUCACCAGCAUGGUAGAUGAUAUGUGGCACUAUGCCGGAGACCAGUCCACUGAUAUUAACUGGUACACACGUCGGGCAGUACUGGCUGGCAUCUACAACACUACAGAGCUAGUGAUGAUGCAGGACUCUUCUCCUGACUUUGAAGACACUUGGCACUUCCUUGAAAACAGAAUCAGUGAUGCUAUGAACAUGGGACACACAGCCAAACAGGUCAAAUCUACUGGGGAAGCACUUGUCCAGGGAAUGAUGGGAGCAGCUGUGACUCUCAAGAACUUGACAGGUCUAAACCAGCGUCGAUGAUGAGGAAGGAGAGUAAGCCGAGUGCCCAGAAGAAAAUGAGAGUGUUUUGACAGCUCUUUGAAAAACAUAAAGUGCUUUACCAAUGUAAAGUAUCAUUCAGAACAAAUAAGAAUUUGUCCCAAACAUUACCCUGUGCAAUGAACCAUCUAUGUGCUGUUUUCUUUGCUGACUAUUCCUGACCAGAAAUUGGGUCAGUUCUUCAGUUCCUAAUGCCACAUCAGAUCUCCUGUCUUCAGCAGCCUCACACCUCUGUGUAGCAACUGUGUUGUUGGAAAAUCAAAAACCUCACCCAGCUAUUCUGGCAGUGAUACCUUACUCUUACCAUCCCAGCACACUAUGCGCUCCAGGAAUAUAUUGCUCAUGUCUUAACCCUCUCCUAAGCACUUCUUAGGGCUAUAAUUUGGUGCGUGAACACCAUUGUGGUUCUGCUAUUAGUGUUUACUGUUACAUUGCCAUUCCAUCCCAGCUGAGCUGUAUGAAAGAACAGCAUAGUUUAUGUGUAUCGCACAUGAUCUUCUUCAAGUGGUCCCACACUGACAUCUUCUCUGUUGUUCCAGCUAAGGUCCUUCUAGGAUAUCUAUGGAGAGGGAACAGGUGGGACAUCAUCUUUGAUUCAGGUGUCUGCCAGAUAGUUGUGCCCAUCUAUGCCUUGCAUAUGGUCCUAGGCCCUGUUCCUUGAGGAGCCUUAUACCUACUCUGUUAUGGAAUUGUUAGUAAAUUUAGAUUCUGUGGAGAUGAUAAUAAAAGUGUUUGGAACAAU